AUGAACUCCUCUCUUUUAACACCUUCCUCUUCUUCUUCUUCUCCUCAUCUCCAAUCUCCCGCAACAUUCGACCACGAUGACUUCCUCCACCAAAUCUUCUCCUCCACUCCUUGGCCUUCCUCCGUCCUCGACGACGCUCCUCCACACACCUCCGACUCCACCGCCGCUGGAUUCCACCACCACGACCUCGAUUCCAGAAACCAGAUCACGAUGAUUCCUUUGCCGUCUCAUCACCAUCAAAACGACGCCGUCGAUGGCUCCGUCCACGCUCUCUACAACGGCUUCUCCGCCGGAUCUCUACCUUUCCACCUCCCUCAGGGAUCGGGAGGAGGAGGAUUGAUGAACCAAGGUCAAACGCAAACGCAAUCGCAGGCGACGGCGUCAACCACCACCGGUGGUACGGCGCCGCCGCCUCAGACUAAGCCUAAAGUCCGAGCUAGGAGAGGUCAAGCCACUGAUCCUCACAGUAUCGCCGAACGGUUACGGAGAGAGAGAAUAGCGGAAAGAAUGAAAUCUCUUCAAGAACUUGUCCCUAAUGGCAACAAGACCGACAAAGCAUCAAUGCUCGAUGAGAUUAUCGAUUAUGUCAAGUUCUUACAGCUCCAAGUCAAGGUACUAAGCAUGAGUAGAUUGGGAGGUGCUGCAUCUGUUUCUUCUCAAAUCUCUGAGGAUGCCGGUGGGUCCCAAGAAAACACCUCCUCCGCCGGCGAGAAUCAGACGGCAGCGAAGAUGACGGAGCACCAAGUGGCAAAGCUAAUGGAAGAGGACAUGGGAUCAGCCAUGCAGUACCUACAAGGCAAAGGUCUUUGCCUAAUGCCUAUCUCAUUAGCCACCACCAUCUCCACCGCCACGUGUCCUUCUCGUAACGCAUUGAUCUCCUCCGUCAAAGAUGCCGGCGUUCCUUUGUCUCCCAACCUGUCGACGAACACAGCCACUAAAACAACUGUUAACGGUAAUGUUUCCUCGUUGGUCACCGUUAAAGACGCUCCCUCAGCUUCCAAGCCGUGA